ACAUCCAAGAUGGCGACCUCAUCGGCUACAUUUCCAUCUCUUCUUCCCCGAGUUGCGGACAAUCUUUGGUUCACGCUGGAAAAGAAAUCAGAUGAUGACGCUGUAUUAGCUAAAGAAGAGGAAGAAUACGCUGCUUCACUAAAAAGGAUUGCAGAUAAGGGCUUUGAUAUUCCUCCAAUUGGUACCACUAAAACCAAAGACAGACAGGAGAGACUUGAUGAAGAUGAUGAUGAGAUUGAGGAUGAUGAUGAUUCAGCAGAAGAAAUUGAGGAUGAGACUGAUGAAUAUGAAAGUCCAGAUGCUGAGUCUGUUGAGGGAGAGGUUGAGAUGGAAUCAAGUGUAAUUUAAGUGUUCCUUUCAUGUGCAAUUGUAGUCAAGAUGUUUCCCAUUAUGUUGUAUGCCCUAGAAAACUUUCAUUAAAAUUAGUUUUGGAAAGAGAAUGGCUCUUAAUCAUGUUGUGCAACAGAAAGCUCUUUUGUAUGCAGUGAAACAUGUGGGUGCUAGACAGUUUUAGCUGGUUGUAAUUGAUUGUUGCAGCAAGUCAAUCUCUGCAACAGGUCUCUUUAGUUAUCAAUAUUAUCUUCUCUUGUGGAAUACUGUUUCCAUGUAAUAGUGAAUGUAAGUUGUAGGGACAGAACUUAGGCAAAAAAUUGUGCUCACACCCAUUUAAUUGUACAUAUGGAAGUUGUAAUUAAAAAAA